UUUCCCUCGCUGCUUUCCCUCCCCUCCCGUUUGACGUGCGUGGUUUUGGUGCAAUGCGAAUUAUCUUCAUUCAGUCAGGAGGGGCAGCGCCAGGCAGCAGAGCAGCGGCGGGGCUGCCUCCUCCUUCUUCCUCCUCCUCCUCCGCUUUCUCCUCUUCCUCCUCCUCCUCCUCCCAUUGCCAUAACAACCACGCACAGCCGCUGCGCCCGCGGGGCCGCUCCGCACCGCACCGCGCCCGGCAAGGCUGAGCAUCCCAUAGGGCCCCGCACGGGGGUGGGGGAAGAGAAACAGUGACCUCCCUCCAAAAGAAAAAAAAGAAAGAAAAGAAAAACAAACAAACAAACAAACAAAAAAAUUACGGACUUUUCGGCGGGGCGGGUCAGUCAGAGAGCAAAGCGGCCCCAGGACGCGGGUGCGCGCAGCCGCUGCGCGGGGCGCAGGAGGACGGAGAGACGGGGCAGCCCCGCGGGGGGAGCGCGGAGGAGGGGAGAGAAGGGGAGGGAAGGGGGGGGGAAAGAGAAAGUUGGGAGGAAAUAGCCCAGGAAAAGUGACACUCGCGGAGCCCGCCGGAGCGCGGAGGAAAUAAAAGCGGCGGCGGGCAGGAAGUGUGAGGAGGAGGAGGAGGAGGAGGAAGGGGAGAAGAAGGAGGCGGAGGAGGAGGAAAAAGAAGAAGAAACAGCAGCAGCCGCUGCCGCCGCGGCAGAAAAGAAAGCAAAAGCCGCCCGAGGGCUCGGAGCCGGCGGCGCGGCAUCCGCGGGGCUGCGCGGCAUCCGCGGCCAUGGCCCGGGAGAACGGGGACGGCGGCGGCUCCUGGAAGAAGCAGGCGGAGGACAUCAAGAAGAUCUUCGAGUUCAAGGAGACGCUGGGGACGGGUGCAUUCUCUGAAGUUGUUUUGGCUGAAGAGAGAGCGAGUGGGAAACUCUUUGCAGUCAAAUGCAUUCCCAAGAAGGCACUGAAGGGAAAGGAAAGCAGCAUAGAGAAUGAAAUCGCAGUGCUGAGAAAGAUCAAGCAUGAAAAUAUAGUUGCUCUGGAAGACAUCUAUGAGAGUCCGAACCAUUUGUAUUUGGUCAUGCAGUUAGUGUCUGGGGGAGAGCUCUUCGACCGCAUUGUGGAGAAGGGGUUCUACACGGAGAAGGAUGCCAGCACCCUGAUCCGGCAGGUCCUGGACGCUGUGUACUACCUGCACCGCAUGGGCAUCGUGCACAGGGACCUCAAGCCUGAGAACUUGCUGUACUACAGCCAGGAUGAGGAGUCAAAAAUCAUGAUCAGUGACUUUGGAUUGUCGAAGAUGGAGGGUAAAGGAGAUGUGAUGUCCACAGCCUGCGGAACUCCUGGCUAUGUCGCUCCUGAAGUGCUGGCCCAGAAGCCCUACAGCAAAGCUGUGGACUGCUGGUCCAUCGGGGUCAUUGCCUACAUCCUGCUCUGUGGAUAUCCCCCUUUCUAUGAUGAAAACGACUCCAAACUCUUUGAACAGAUCCUUAAGGCAGAAUAUGAGUUUGACUCUCCAUACUGGGACGACAUCUCCGAGUCUGCUAAAGACUUCAUUCGGAAUUUGAUGGAGAAGGACCCUAAUAAAAGAUACACCUGUGAGCAAGCAGCACGGCACCCUUGGAUCGCUGGAGAUACAGCACUCAACAAAAACAUCCACGAGUCGGUCAGCGCUCAGAUCCGGAAGAACUUUGCAAAAAGCAAAUGGAGACAAGCGUUCAAUGCCACGGCAGUCGUGCGGCACAUGAGGCGGCUACACCUCGGCAGCAGCCUGGACAGCGCCAGCGCCAGCGUGUCCAGCACCCUCAGCCUCGCCACGCCGCUCCCCGACGCAGCCACACGGAAAGAUUGUAUGUCUCCAUCCACUCUCUGUAGUUUUGUUUCAUCUGCUUCUUCAGGCGUUUCUGCGGUAGGAGGGGACCGGAGACCCAGAGCCACCACAGUGACCACAGUGCACACAGGGAGCAAGUGAGCGCCGGGGCGGCGAGGAGCGGGAGGCGGCCUCGGCGCCGCCCCACCCUGCUCGGCGAAGGACUAGAAGAAAGAAGAUUUUUUUAUGGCCAUAUUUUCUACUGCAAUUCUGAAAUGUUUCAUUGAUCACAAACUGCAAUGACUCCAGGAGGAACGAAAUCUAAUAGUCGCUGGUGCUGUACAUAUAUAUAUACAUAUAUAUAUAUAUAUAAAUAUAUAUAUGUAUGUGAGUCUAGCAAUGUUCUAACUAAUGAACACUCAUUCUUUUCCCCAGUGAUUUACUCUUUUCUCAGUGUAGGUAACAGUAUAUGUUGUAUUUUUUUCCCAUUAACUACAAACAUCUCAACUGGAUUAUUUAAAUAGAAAUACUUUCCUAAGCAUAUUUUUUUCUUUUAAAAAUUACUUCAAGUAAUGUCCCUCUUCCAGUUUGAUGGGGGAUAGCUAUUUCUGUAGGUAGGAAUUGGCAUUAACUUUGCAACUUGGGAGGAUUUCAAUGGCAUGCAAUUUCUUGUUCCUCAAAUAGGACUGCAAGUCUGUCUGGCUUUAGCAGAGCUGUUACUGCUCAGAUUAAGAAACUGCUGCUUUCCCCCUCAUCCUCCUCCUUGAAAGCCAUGGGGAGAAUUAAAUUGCCACCAGCUGGGAGUCAGCUCAUCCUUAGCCUCAUUCCUGUCGUGCAGAGGAGAGGCAGGUACACGGAGUCAGGCAGGAGCUGACCAGAGCUGUGCAAGGGAAAUAACAGAGCAUGGGCUCAUCCUGCAGCUCCCAUCUCCUUCGAGUCACUGUGUGUUGUGAGCAGAGGGAGAGAAAAAGAAGAUACAGGAGUGGGAAUCAUCGUCCUCUGCCACUGAUUUGCUGUGCUGCCCUCAAGCAAGACAUUUAAUUCACCAGCCUCCCCAAAGUGUGGCCUCUGGCAUGGGGUGCAUCCAGCCCAAGGGCUUCAUGAGAGAGAUCCCAGCACCCACAGCUCCCUGGGGCUUUUCCUGGCAUUGCUGAUGCUCAGCACCUCCCAGAACAGCCAAAGUAGGGAGAGGAGAGGAGGGGUGCUUGAAACCCUCUGUAAAGCACUGGCAGGUUCUUGGGUACAAAACGCAGGAUGUGGUGUAGUGUAGCUCCAUCAUGAUCAGGCUGAGGGUUGACAAGGAGUGCUCAGCUGGGAAAGCAGCAUCUUGCUGAAAAGCACAGGCACAGCUGGCAGCAGUGGUGGCACUGGCUUUCCCUCCUCUCCAGGAGCUCAUAUACCAAAGCAAGCCAAAUUUACCCAUUUUUUAAUUACUGAAUGCAUGCACUUCCCAGGCUCUUUGUGCUGGUGCAUCUUUCAGGAACAGCCACCAAAACUGCUGUGCUGCUGUGCAUUAAAGCAGCUUGAAACAGAGAGGGGAGCAAAUUUGCCCCAUUUGUUAAAGGGCUCCUUCCAGGUUACCUCAAUGAAACUCCCAUCUGAUUUUGCUUUGAGGAGGUGAGAGGGGACGCAGAUGGCAGAGGCAGAUGCCCUUCACUGGGCACUCUGAACCCCUCACAUCCCAGACAGGUCCAUCCCUGCCAGAGGGACAAUUCCCUGCAGUGUGCUCUGUCACCACACUUGCCUCACUUAUCCUGCACAAGAAAUUGUGAAAGCCGGUCAUAGACAGGGCUGAAUGUAUCAGGCAAUAGUGCUUGUGCUGGGAAAAGCCAUAAGAUAGGUAUUUUUCACUGAGACUUCUGUAUCCUGCUCCAGCUUUGCUUGGUUGGCUUCACACGGCAGAGCCGGGAUUUCAUCCAUCCUACCAAAAAAAAACACCCUUGAGAAAAAAAAAAGCUGGGAAGGCAUGUGGCAGUGAGCACUGACUGUGUUUGAAACAGCCACUCCAGUGGCACUUGGAGCUGUUGCACCAAGUUUCUCUAGCUCUCUCUGUGUUAAGUUGCUCCCUGUUUUCAGAGGUUUGUGGCACAUCUGGGUGAGCCCAGGUGCACCCUGUGCACCCCACUGUGCUGCAGCUGGCAUGGAUGCUCACACAGGAAAGGCUUUACCUUCAAUUUCUCAUUUUAAGAAAGAUAGCAGAUACUAAACUAUUGGGGGCUUACAGCAAAACUGCACAUAAUUUACACAGUGAAAACUUCUGACCAAGAUUUGGGCAGACUGAAGGUCAGGGGACAUCUCUGCUGCAAGUCACACUCCUGUGUACCCAUACCCUGGCCAUUGCACCAUACACUUUUUAUUAGCAUUUUCAUCUGAGCUCUUUAUGUCUUGCUGCAAAAGCAUCAAAACACAAGUAGAAUACAAACUCAUUCUACGGCCUAAACUCAUUCUAAGGCCUAAACUCAUUUAUUUUACCAGCCUGAGUAAGGAAGUUUUAGUUUUGAGAGACUCCAACCCCAAAAAGUUCAAGAUAUUUUGAACCCACAUGAUUUCAUAAGCUUGACUGACCCUAUUCUGCUCCAGUUGCAGGUUGUAAAUAGACAGUCUCCCAGUUUGGCAACAGUGGAGUUCCCUACAUUCACCCAUGUGCAACAAAAGCAGGAUCUAGUUAGGGAAUAAUUUUGUCUCUGUAGAGCAGUUUGAAAGGUUAGGGAUCAAAUGUUCCCUCUGUGCCUCAUCUUCUGAAACCUGAGGUCUGGUUUGAACUUGACCUCAGCAGUUGCUGUGACCACUGGUCAAAAUACAGCAUCCAAAUGAAUCUUGCAGAAAAAACAAAAGCAAAUGGAUUUCCAUCUCCAAAACAAAGAGCAGUGACAGGAGCAAAGGCAGACAUGCUGUCCUGCAGAUGGGGGUUCCCAUACACUGGCUGCCCCUCCUUGCUGGGUUUUUUUCUGUGGUUUUUUUUAUGAGAGGGGUAUUCUUUCCUUCCAUUGUUGGAUAUAAUGUGAUUUGGUUUUGUUUCUGCAAGUAAUAUUCUGCCUUGGUUGUGUAAUUUAUCAUCAUUCUCUUUGGCUUGCUAUCAACUGCUGGGAUCAUAAGAUAAAAAAAAGAAGCACUUAUGAGCUACAGUUUUGGUGAUGGGGAGCUCUUCUUUGGUAUCAAGCUGGAGACCUGACCCAGGUUCACCAAAUGCUGAGUUCUCUCCUGAAGCAUCACUUGGUUGAAACUUCUCAGUUUAAAUCUGAGUAAAUCUGUUAUCAGGGGUGACUUGGCAGCACCCAGGCCAGAUCUGUCAGGGAGGGCUGGAGACAUUUGCCCCUUGGAAGCACAGCUAGGGCAAACACUCCAGCCUUGCUUACCAGGGAUGCUCCAGAGCUUUUGCAUGUCCUUCCCCUGCCCCAGCCUGCUUCUGCUCAGCCACUCCCACAGGAGAAUGCAAAGGUAGAGAAAAUAAUGUGGGCAUGGGGGGAAUGGCUGAAUAACCCCACAGUAGAAACUUCAAAACAAAUCCCCAGCUGGCCUUGCUAUGAAGGACUAGGUAGAAAAAUCACUCUGGGCUUUUUUUUCCAAUUAACUGUCCUGCUAAACAAUCUGUGAUUUGCUGCUUGCAUGAGGACUUCAGCCUGGACUCUGUUUGUUACCCUUUUCUGCUUUACUUUACUGGUACCGAUGGGUUUUUCCUUUGUAACUUGUUUUCCUCAGCUCCUUCCCCUUCUUUUUCUUUGCUUGCAGCUUUGAUUGUUGAUUUUUACCUCCAGAGUCACAGAGGCCAUCUCUGAUGCCAACAGCAGUGCUCUUGCUGGGAAAACAAAACAAAAAAAAUCCAGAAAAGCUCCAGCUGGCCCCUUAGCCUGCAGAAGAAGUUGUGAGGACAGGCUGCCCGUGAACUCUGCGAGCUGAAAGUCAGUAUUGCAGUGGCAAGGGCUUCUGCUGAUGAUUUUGCAUGUGACUUCAUUCCCAGUGCAUCCUAACUCUCUGCUGGAUCAACCCUUCUGCAGCACAAAAUGGAUAUUGGCCCUGCAACACAGCUGCUGGGGAAGUAGGAGUGUGGGGAAAACCUGGCAGUGUUGCUUUCCUGAGACUGUGUCACUCUGCUGCUGCUGCUGUCUCCUCUGUCCUUGUUGCUGUUGUACAGGUGCCAUUAGAGUAGUGGGCAAAAAAAAAAAGAAAAAAAAAAGGUAGGAUUUUACCUAUGCCUUGUGUGUGUGUGUGUUAUGGUUGUGGUGCUGAAAUAAAACCAAGACAUUUGGUUCAUUCCUGACAAGAAUCAAACCACAAAAAGGGGUGUGAUCCCACUGGUAGACAUCUCCAUGUAGUUCUGCUGUAGGCAGUGAAUAGGGGUUUCUGCUGUGCAUGUGUCCUGCAUACCUUCAUGGCUGUUGACAGUAUUUUUUUUUAAUAGUUAUUUUGGGUCCCUGCCUGGUUCUGAUGAAAUUCAGGUCUUGUCUCCUGAUCUAAGGCUUUUCUCCCCAAACCCUCUGCAAACCAGAACAUGGGCCUCCAGGGUGCCCAUGAAAUGCAGUUGCAGCUGGCCCCAAGGUUGUCCCCUUCCUAUUUUUAGGGAAGCAAACAGCCAGAGAAAGCCAGAUAGCUUUCAGCCAUUGGCAAGCAGAGAGGAUAUUGCCCUUUGAUGUGAACUUGGCAUUAACAAGAUCAGCUCUAGGGAAACCUGUGCUAUUACUUCCUCCUGUGAUAACAGCUCCAGCCCUGAGCAGCACUGAAUGAGCACCAGAUAAAAACUGAAUUUGCCAGCAAGAUCAUGCAGGCUAUAGCCUGUUCCUUUUGCUCUUUCCAAAGAAUCAGGGGAUUCAUCUACUGGCAAAGUAAGUUUCUAGGCUGAGCCCCAAGGUAAAGAAGUAGUUUCCAUUCAGCAUAUGGAAAUUCUCAUUUGAUGCAAUUAUUCCUGCUCUUGCUGCCAUGAAUAUUUACCUGUCAAAGGGGGAGUGAAUGCAUCCCAGAAAUUAUUAAUGGGAAGGAAGUUUUGCCUUCCUUAUUGUGCUUAUUUGCUCCAGAACCUCCAACACUCAUUCAGGCAAAAAGCAGAAACACACAUGGAGACUCUGGUAUCCAAGGAAAACAGCAUCAAGACCAAGAGUAGAAGAUUAAUUGGCAAAUCACUGUCAGCAAUAGCUGAGUGAGGGAACAGCAACCUGCUCACAAACACUGCAUGAACUCUUAUUUCCCCUGGUAAACCAGUCAUCCCAUACUUCAUGCCCAGCAGCAAGUUUUACCCAAUCCCUUUUGUUUUCCCUCACAUCCCUGCAGCAGGGUCCUGCCUUCCCAGCCUGUCUCUCUGUGACACACGAGUGUUUUUGUGUGUGCACGUGUGUGUUGUGGCCCCAGGGAUCACAGAUCCCUCCUGUGGUUCAUCAGGAGCUGGUCCGGGUUUUUUGGUCUGACUUUGCGUGGUUGGGUCAAAGCUGUGUAAAUAGUGUUUGUAGCAGAGGAUAGAGGCUCUUUAGCCUGGACUCUGGAUUUCAAAACCCCCUUCCCCACCACAAAUAGUGCCACUUAUCUGUCCAGGUAGCUUUUUUUUCCCUUCCUCUUCAUAAAUGCUAAGGUCAGUCGAAUGGCUCAUAGAGUUUUUCCAUACUCCAGAGUGGAAUCAGGGCAUGUGUGCUGGCAAGCGUUGUGAAAAAACACUGCUGAGCUAAUGAUGGCAUCAACUGUCCAAUAAAUGCAUGAUACUGCACUGCAUGUAUUAAACUGCUGGUCACUGGUUCUGUAUUUCCCGAGCCUUUUCUUUAUCCACAUUCAACCCAACCUUCUCUCUGAGGGAAUUACUUCCAUGCAUUGCUUUUAAAUGACUCAAUGUACCUGUAACUCGAAAUCCAUUGUUAAGUUUAAGUAAAUGCAAAAGCUGAUGUUUUGUAAACAAGAUAUUGCAAAGCCUGGUAAUGUAUUUUGUCUUUCUGUUGAGUGCUCUGCAGCAUGUACAGGAAGAGUCACCAUCCAGAGCAGCUUAAAAUUAGGCAGCAGUCACAUACACAGAUACAGAAGCAGGGAGCUGGGGAGGUGAGAAUCCCUUUUUUAAUAUAACACUUACAGAUUUGAUCUGAAUCAAAAAUUCCUUCCCUGGGUCACUAACUCUCAGAGCUGCCAACAUAUUGGUGUGUCUCUUUUUUUUUUUUUUUUUUUUGGUUUGUUUUUCCUAGUGAAAAUUCAGAUUGGUUCGCUCAAUUCUUAGUAUUUUUCUCAUCCUGUGAGAUAGUUCUUUCUCACCUGUUGCAGAAUGAACUGCAUUUUGGGGACCAAGAUGCUGUGAUUCUUUGCCUGCACAAAAUAGGGCAGAAAGCUGAGCUAAACUAUCCCAUCCUUUCCAAAGCAUCACCACCUAAAUACUACCAUUUAAUCCCUGAACCUCCAGGUAAUACCAUUUAUCCACGGAAGAGUUUGGUGUGGUACUUUUCCUUCUUCCACAUGGAAACCAUGCCCUUGCCUUCUCUUCCCUUAGUCAUUGACCCAUUUUCAUCUGUGCUGGUCUUUCCAAGGCAGAGUACAGGAUUGCUCCAGCCCAAACUUCUUGUAGGCAUCACCAGGCCUUUGGUCCCAGCUCCUGAGUGGCUGCUGUGUGGAAAACCCUUGAGUUCCCAACACUCAAAGCAGUCAUCUGAAAGGACUGGGAAUUGCUCUGUGCUCCUGGCAAGGGCAUGCCAAGCUGCAGGCCUGGGGAGCAAGCACCAUGCUUGGUGGCAUAGUCCUUGGAAAUUGUUCUCCAUGGUGGCCGAAAACACCGAGAAGUCUUGAGCCCCCCUUCAAAGGCUGGUGCUCAGCCAGGGCUGUGCCAUUGCCAAAUCACUGUAUGGCAGCACAACAAACCAUCAGAUACAGCUGUCAACCAGCCUGAGUUCAGAUUGCUGGGGCAGCACCUGGUGUGAGGCUCCAUGAGGAGGUGGAUGUGUGCUGUGGUUCCUGGUGGGUGGGAGCUCCUAGGGGGUUGCUCGGAGCAGCUCUGAGCUUUUCCAUCUCUCAUCUUGCAUCCCCUGAGCCCAGCAUGGCAUCACACAUGCUGUGUCUUAUUAGAUCGAGCAUGACCCCCAAAGUGAAGAGUGUGCAAGGUUGCAGCUCAGUUGGUGCGAUUCAUGUUUUGGUCAACACAACAUCAGUGACUUGCUGUACAUUGAUCUCUAGUUGAGAAACAAUAUUUUGGCCCAUUUGGGCCUCUUUUUAGAUAGAUAUUUUAUUUGAGCCAGAAAACAGUGGGAAUAAAAGAGCCUAGUCUGCCCAGAAUAGUGACUCCCCAAAUAUCUCCAACUGCAAAACAUCCCUCAGUUGACUUCUAAUGAAAAUGCAAGCAUGUUUUCUACAAAGGCUUUAAUCUUAAUCAAGGAAUGUCAGUGUGCCUAAUAUUGCAGGUCUUGUGAUUGAUAACAAGUUCAUAACCGCAUCCAUGUCCAAAAAGAAGGGAGAAUGUGUAUUUACUCCAUGCAUGUAUUAUUAAGGCAUUGCAAAAGUUUUAUCUGCGUAAUGAGUUUGCAGUUCUGCAAAUUGUUAAUGGGGCUACAUCGCAAGUGGUUCUCUGCCUUGACAAUCAUGUAUACAUAUCGAGAUUUCUAUCAUAAUGACAAUUUAAAGGGAUGACUAAUUGUUUUCCUCCAAUAAAUCCAAUUAAAUCA